AUGCUCGGAGGGAGCUUAGAGCGAGAUUCUUCACCAUCAAACUCAAAACCGACCACUGGAGAAGCGCUCAUGCCUAUCGCGACGAGUCCCCCCGACUCCAGUAAGUUUUCAACUCCGUUGUUCCUGGCUUCGCAAUCAAAUUCUCCGAUGCGCUUGGGUUGGUUCCGAGUGCCGUUGCUGAUAUCUCCUUUGUUAGAUCCUGAACCGCCGCCUCAGGACCAGCCCGCCACCACCGAUGCGUCGCCUCCGUCGAACCAUGUAGAGCCCGUCAAUGCGGCUCAAGAGUCCGUCGCACCGGCCCAGGGCUUGGUAGAGGACUCUGCAGCCACGUCUGCUGACGCACCGAAGAAACAUCAUCUACUGUUGCCCAUCCCGUCGCGUGCAUCCUUAAAAGCGGAUCGACAAUCUACGCUGGACAAGAGUCAAGACACCGCUCACGAUGACUCCGAGAAUACUCUUCGCGGUUCGAAAAGAAGCAUAUUCAAGGGUCGUAGGGACCGGAGCAGAGGUAGCAGUAUGAGGUCGCGUCGGCAAAAUCAGGAGGGGGCGAGUAUGGAGGAAGACAAGUCGGCAAGCCCUGACUUGCGUGAUCCGGCCAAGCCAGAGAGGAGAAGCAAGGUCUCGUAUAGGUUGUUCGCCUUCUUGAGCUGUUGUUCCUCGCCCAGCGAUGAUUCGGAGGACCCUGCCAUCCCAGCGAAGAGGACAUCCAGACAGCCAUCGGUUCCCCACACCCAGGCCACUCCGGAGAAGGCCGACACCAAUGCUGGUGAUUCGAGCACCGCGGAAUCCAAAGACCCGAGCUACUACCGGGAUGAGAAACCCAACAUGACUGUGACGUCGAACCAGUCCAUGUCUCAAGUAGACGAAGAGCGCACUGUGACUACUUCCGAGCAGGGCGCUCAGCUCGAUGGUGCAACGGUACCUUCGGGUGCGGCAGAGACAGAGAAAGUACCGACUUUGCCACAGGACAGUGCUGAAUCACAGGGGCUUGGUGUAGGCCAGAGUACUCAACCUUCUACUACGACCGCCGAAGCAAGCGCUGUUGCCAGCGAAGCGGAGGAACCCGCUCAGAAAACAGAGGAGCAAGCGAUCUCUCCUCUCACUGAAAAGUCUCAGGAUGCUCCGACUGCUCCUAUAGAACUGGAUGAAUUGCCUAAGCCCCCGGCGUCCGAGAAUAGCUAUGACGACGAGAAGUAUACUUCACACGACGAGGAGGCGACAGUAAUUCCGGCUGAAUUGCCUCCGCCGAUGGGCCCGUCCGGACACCACGCCGACACAAUGCUAGAGGAGACGCAACAGCAAUUCCUCUUGCCGCCACCUCUUCCCCAUCUGCGGGACAGGAAAUGCUUGGUUCUUGAUUUGGACGAGACGUUGGUUCACAGUAGUUUCAAGGUUCUUGAACGCGCCGAUUUUACCAUUCCCGUGGAGAUUGAAGGUCAAUAUCACAACAUCUACGUUAUAAAAAGACCUGGAGUCGACCAAUUCAUGAAAAGGGUGGGUGAGUUGUAUGAAGUGGUUGUCUUUACCGCUUCCGUGUCGAAGUACGGUGAUCCUCUGCUGGAUCAGCUAGAUAUUCACAACGUUGUCCACCACCGACUGUUCAGGGAUAGUUGCUAUAACCAUCAAGGCAACUAUGUCAAGGUUUGUCCUGCCCAGUGUACAUUCCCUUGCGAUCUUUCUCAAGUAGGCCGCGACCUACGAGACACGAUUAUCAUCGAUAAUUCCCCGACUUCGUAUAUCUUCCACCCUCAACAUGCGAUACCCAUCAGCAGCUGGUUCUCUGACGCCCACGAUAACGAGCUUCUCGAUCUGAUUCCCGUCCUCGAAGACCUUGCCGGGGCACAAGUGAAAGACGUUAGUCUGGUUCUCGACAUUGCAUUGUGA